GAGGAAGAGUGAAAUAGAAGAAGUUAUGUAUUCAUUGUUCUACUAGGAAGUAACUCUACCUGGUUUUUCAUCACCAACAAUCAUUAUGCCACCAAGAGGAGAUCUUCAUCUUGAUGUCAGAUUAAACUACCCAUUUUUAUGCCUCUCAGUUGAUAAUGUUCUCAAGGUCAUUGCUGCUUUACUAAGUGAACAAACCAUUGUGUUCACUUCCUCCAAUUACUCAAUGCCAGCAUUAGUUAUACAAUGUUUGUUGAGUUACAUAUCUCCCUUUGAGUGGCGUCACAGUAUAGUACCGACAGUUCCUGAUAACUUCAUUGAUAUACUCGGAGCUCCUAGCAUUAACAUACUGGGUUGCCACUCCAACUGGCACGAGUCACCUGAGUUCACUAAUAUUGAUGAUGCUGUUAUUGUCAAAUUAGAUGAGGACGUCGUUGAGUCAAAACUCUCUUCGUUGUCCUC